AGCAUUCGUGUCCUUUCCUCGUCGCAGCUGGUGUUGAAUGCGUUAGAGCGCGGCCGUUCGACCACAUGUUAUCAGCCGCAUAAAAACUUCGAAGAAGUUGUGCAAAUAUCGGCCGUUUUAACCCAGUUUCAUGGAAGAUUCUGCUGAGCCCAUGACCGGGAUGUUGGACACGAAUGCCCCUGAUAAUGGGGACUCGUCUGCGAUGGAGGGCUCAGAACCGACCGCACCCGACUGGACCACGGCGCCGGCUCCUCCCCCAGAACCGGAAACCCACGAGUCCCACGAGCAGUUACAGCUGUUCUCGCUGGAGCAUCUGAAGUCCGCAGCGGAAAACAUCGACCCGAAGACCAGUCCGUCUGACCCCGUUCUGGAAAACUCAGACCCGGUUGACAGGCAGCAGACGGAAUCGAACGGGGACGUCGUGGACCAAUCGAUGGUGCCGGAUCCGGUGAAACAGGAGGGAGACUCCGAGAGCCCUUCCAAUAUGGAGCUGGAAGAUGCUCCCAAAGAAGAGCCCGCAGAACCAGGAGCCGAAACCGCAGCAGAACCAGCCGAACCGCAAGAACCCGAGUUUCCCACAGAGUACGAGCGUCUUUCGAAGGUCGUGGAAGAGAAUCCGGAAGACUUUAAUGGAUGGGUCUACCUUCUGCAGUAUGUGGAGCAAGAGAACCACCUGGUGGCGUCGAGGAAGGCGUUUGAUUCGUUCUUCCUGCACUAUCCGUACUGUUAUGGGUACUGGAAGAAAUACGCUGAUAUUGAGCGGAAACAUGGUUACAUCCAGAUGGCCGAUGAGGUGUACCGGCGAGGUCUUCAGGCCAUCCCGCUCAGUGUGGACCUGUGGCUUCAUUACAUCACGUUCCUGCGAGAGAACCAGGACACCAGCGACGGGGAGGCGGAGAACCGCAUCCGAGCGUCCUAUGAGCACGCGGUUCUGGCGUGCGGCACGGACUUCCGCUCGGACCGUCUGUGGGAGGCUUACAUCGCCUGGGAGACGGAGCAGGACAAGCUGGCCAACGUCACGGCCGUGUACGACCGGAUCCUCUGCAUCCCCACACAGCUGUACUCGCAGCACUUCCAGAAGUUCAAAGAACACGUGCAGAGCAACAACCCCAAGCACUUCCUGUCGGAGGAGGAGUUCGUGCCCCUGCGAGUGGAACUAGCUAACGCUAACAAGCCUAGCGGAGACGAUGCCCCUGGCGAAGAGCUUCCGCCGGGAACGGAGGACCUGCCGGAUCCCGCAAAGAGAGUGACGGAGAUCGAGAACAUGAGGCACAAGGUGAUCGAGACCCGGCAGGAGGUGUUCAACCACAACGAGCAUGAAGUCAGCAAGCGCUGGGCCUUCGAGGAGGGGAUCAAGCGCCCGUACUUCCACGUGAAGGCCCUGGAGAAGACGCAGCUCCACAACUGGAGGGAGUACCUGGACUUCGAGCUGGAGAACGGGACGCCGGAGCGCGUGGUGGUUCUGUUCGAGCGCUGCCUGAUCGCCUGCGCGCUGUACGAGGAGUUCUGGAUCAAGUAUGCCAAGUAUCUGGAGAGCUACAGCACCGAGGGCGUUCGGCACAUCUAUAAGAAGGCUUGCACGGUCCACCUUCCCAAGAAACCCACCGUCCACCUGCUCUGGGCGGCCUUUGAGGAGCAGCAAGGCAGCAUCGAGGACGCCCGGAGCAUCCUGAAGGCGUUCGAGGAGGCCGUGCCGGGACUGGCCAUGGUGAGGCUGAGGCGGGUGAGUCUGGAGCGCCGGCACGGGAACAUGGACGAGGCCGAGGCCCUGCUGCGAGACGCGAUCACCAACGGGAAGAACAGCAGCGAGUCCUCGUUCUACGCCGUGAAGCUGGCGCGGCAGAUGGUCAAAGUGCAGAAGAGCAUCGGCAAGGCCAAGAAAGUGCUGAUGGAGGCCGUCGAACGAGACGAGACGAACCCGAAGCUGUACCUGAACCUGCUUGAGCUGGAGUACAGCGGAGACAUCCAGCAGAACGAGCCCGAGAUCAUCGCGUGCUUCGACCGGGCGCUGAGCAGCUCCAUGCCCCUCGAGUCACGCGUCACCUUCUCCCAACGCAAGGUCGAGUUCCUCGAGGACUUCGGCAGUGACAUCAACGUACUUGUGGCGGCAUACGAACAGCACCAGCGGCUCGAGGCGGAGCAGGAGACGCUAAAGAGGAAAGCAGAGAACGGCUCAGAGGAGCCGGACGCGAAGAGACAGCGAACAGACGACCAAUCAGCGGCCUCGGGUCAGAUGAUGGACAUGACGGCCAACAGUGCAGGAUACAACUAUAACAACUGGUAUCAGCAAUAUAACUCAUGGGGAGCUCAGAAUUCCUGGGGUCAGUACGGUCAAUACGGUCAGUAUAACCAGUACUACCCACCGCCUCCCACAUAAUGCCCACCCGGAUCCUGCAUCUUACACCUGCUCGAACUGCUGCAACACACACCGUCUCAGACAUUCUGUUCUCUUCUGUUGAAAUCCGCUUUCCCCUCCCCUCUGUCUAAGUGCAAGCGAGUUUUUAACCAAGCUUGAUUUGGUUUAGUGCUUUUGGAGGUUUAGUUGUGUUCGGUGAACGAUUUACAUUUGUGUGGAAGGAGUUGAGAAUGCAGCACUUUGACAUCAUCUCUGCUCUCCUCAAUCAAUGUGAUCCUGUUUUCAGAGAUAAACGUGACAUGAAGACGUUUUUUUUAUUUCGACUUGGUUUCAUAAUAAAGAGAUUGACAUCCUA